AUGGCGAUAUUGGUUGAUGAUGUUGUUAUUUAUGUUGUGCUAUUGGCGGAAUGGCGGAACAUUAGGAAUCCUGCAAGUAGUGAUGAAGAAUGGAAGAGAAAUGUCCGUGGAGGUCUAGAUGCACGCUACAUGAGGAGGCUUCCUGUGGAUUGCAAGAACGGGCCCUGGAAACGGACUGUGAUGCCAUGUAAAAUGUCGGACCGGCUGCACUAUAAGAAACCUUUGGCAUUCAAUGAAUACGUGGAAAGUAUGCCUGAAGACUUCAGUAGAGCGCCGUUCGACAGAGUUUUGGACAGGGAUUGGGAUGGAGCGAGAAAGCCUUGGUACGACUUCGGGCAGACGGCGCACGUAAACGAUUUUGUGGACUAA